AUGCUGAAAGAGAGUAAUGAGAGAGCAGAGAACUCCAUGCAAGCCCUUUGGCAUGGUAUUCCUCCGGCCAGUGCCCUGUCUCAGCAGAUUCCCAGCGGCAUCUUCAAUCACACUCAAGUCAUCAUCGGUGGCCACUCCCAAAUUGUGACCAUCAACAGGCAAUGGCGUGUGGCUGUCAUUGAGCAAAGGAGCUUCAGCGGGUCCUGGAAAACCAUCUGGAACUACAACACGGGUGUCAUUGCAACCAAAGUCAUGCAACAGAACGCCUGCUACAUUUCCAUCAUGAACAGAAAUGAGAUGCCCCGCUUUGAUAACCUGGCCCACCUGGCACAAGAGAGCAGGAACCUGAUUGGUGGUUUUGGAAGACCUACCAAGAGGAUCACCUUUGUCACCAAUGGAUUGGUCAGCAACCUCAACUCCUAUGGAAUAGACAUCACGGCUAUGUGCAGCGGAGUCACCACCUACAUGGCCUACGAAGUUACCAGUGAGUGCAAGCAUGGCAAUUCUGAGUGUUACUGA